AACACUUACUUUCAAUCAAACUCACAACUUUAUCUCAAACACAAAAAAAUGUUUUCUUCAAGUAAAAAAAGAAAACCACAGGCUGAAGGUGAAGUUGAUCAGCUGAAAUCUUGCCAUCAAUGUCAAGGAAAUGAUAAUGGGGGGUUUGUUGAGUGUAAUAAAUGUAAAUCCAACAUUUACUGUGUCCCCUGCAUCACUAAAUGGUAUCCUGAUAUUCCGAAGGAGGAUCUUGUUGAGGCUUGUCCUGUUUGUCGUGAUAACUGUAACUGCAAGAAAUGCUUGAAUGGAUUUUCACCUAACUCGAAAGGCAAUGGCACCAAAGAUUGGCAGAGUGAUAGUGAUGUGAAUCAAGUGCCUAUUGCACUUCGAGAUUCUGAGAAGAAAAAACCUCAAGAAGCUAAUGGCUUGUGGCGAGGGUUCAAUGUGGGAGUCGGGGAAAAAGAGCUACUUGAUUCCAUCGAGCUCCAUCACCCUACGACAUUUCAAGAGGUCAAAUUCCGUAGUGAACAAAUUUGGUUGCCCAUUCUGAAACACUUCUAUAAGAAGAUAAAAGAUUUUCUGGAAACAACAGUGAAUUCAGUGACUGAAGGCGAAUUAACCACCCAUAAGGAGAAUUUCGAAGAGCUUGAGAGGAUUGGGUUCAAUAUCUCGUGGGCUAGCGAGAGGCUAGACAUGGUGAAAAAGCUAAAGUUUGGAAAUGAACCUUUGAUAAGCGAGCUCACCGAAUUAGAAGAAUCCUUGCAAGCAGCCAAGGAACAUGUAGCCGAGCAACAAAAAGCUUACCUGGAAGCCCAUGAGAAGUUGAAAGAGGUUCAAUUCGAGUACAACGGUAUCUCACAAGCCAUGGAAGACAAAAUGCAGGAAAUGGCUGGCUUGUAUGGAGACGAUUAUGACCGUGUGUUGAAGAGUCAUCUUGGUUUGGGUAUGUUGCCCGAGUACUAAUGGCUACCUCUCUUAAUUGGUUGGUUUCAUUGCACUAAUGGUACAUUUGGAUAAGGUGUUAAUAUAGUUCUAAUGCUAGAAUUAUGAAUUUUCUUUCACCACACUACCCAUUAAGGGUUUAUUUGGCUAUGUUUAUGGUGGGACUAUCUUUGCUUCAAACUUGAUGGUUAUUAGAACAGAAUGUGUAAUGAUUU